GAGCCAACAGCACGUCUUCAGAGCUGCACAGUGACAGUAACGUUACUGUUGUUGACUCCGCGCAACCAUGGCGCUACUCUACAGAUCCACAGGGUUACUUCUCAAACAUAGAUUAGUGCCAUCUGCAUUAGCAGCAACAAGGCAAUGCAGUUCAGGUGGCCAGUAUCAAUACAUAAUGAUUGACAAAAAAGGUGAAAAGAAGAAUGUUGGUUUCAUACAGCUGAACAGACCGAAGGCCCUGAAUGCUCUUUGUGAUGGACUUAUGUGUGAGGUGGGCAAAGCCCUUGAUACGUUCGAAUCUGACAGUGAAGUUGGAGCAAUUGUCAUCACAGGGAGUGAAAAAGCCUUUGCAGCUGGAGCUGAUAUUAAAGAGAUGCAGAACAGAACCUUUCAAGAAUGCUAUGGUGGCAACUUCUUGGCACAUUGGGACAGAGUAUCAAGAAUCAAAAAGCCUGUUAUUGCUGCUGUCAAUGGGUUUGCGCUUGGUGGAGGAUGUGAAUUUGCCAUGAUGUGUGAUAUAAUCUACGCUGGAGAGAAGGCACAGUUUGGACAGCCAGAAAUCUUGCUGGGGACCAUCCCUGGUGCUGGUGGCACUCAGAGGCUUACGAGAGCAGUGGGGAAAUCCCUCGCAAUGGAGAUGGUCCUGACAGGAGACCGAAUCUCAGCUCUGGAAGCAAAACAGUCUGGUCUGGUAAGUAAAGUAUACCCUGUGGAUCAGCUGGUUUCAGAAGCUAUCAAAUGUGGUGAGAAAAUAGCCAGCAAUUCCAAGCUUGUUUCAGCUAUGGCAAAGGAAGCUGUUAAUGCAGCAUUUGAACUGAAUUUAGCUGAGGGCUGUCGACUUGAAAAAAGAUUGUUCCAUGCGACCUUUGCCACGGAGGACAGAAAGGAAGGCAUGACUGCCUUUGUUGAGAAAAGGAAGGCUGCUUUCCAGGACAAUUAGGUUUCCAGUGAAAAUAGGGUGAUUUUUAAACACAGUGAUAUUUAGUUUAUGAUCAAAUGCUGAUAUUAAUUUACUCUAUUUUGCCUUAACUGUUUUUUUAUAUCAAAUAUUACAUUAAAACCUGGUUUGCUGUUUCAAAGAAGAUUUCAUAAGACAUCAUAAAGACCGUGAUUCAGUGGGCUUACAUUUACCCUUCCCAGUAGUUUAUCUUUUCUUUUGCAUUACAUUUUAUCUAAUCAAUGUAAAGAUUUGAUUAUGUCCUUUGUUUUAAAUGAACUGUAAAUGCUGUUUGAUUUAUUCACCUACAAAUAGCUUUAUAGUAUCCUACAGUCUUGUGACAUUAUAUGUGCUUUACACAGAUGCUUGCAAGAAUACUCGAGAGUAUGUUAGUAGAGAGAAAAAAGAAUUGCUUGGAUUGGAAAUUACUUAAAGUAUCAAGGGCUGUUUAUGAAUUCUUGAAAAGAUUUGCUUAUUUAUUUACACUAUAAAUAGAGUGAUCCAGUACAGUAACUUGUGUAGUUGUAGUUAUAAUUCCUAUGACAUUUGUUCAUGGUUUUGCAAAAGGUAUAUUAGUAAUGUGUCUAAAAUAUCAUUCUUGUUUAUAAAAAGAAAAUUAAAAAAUAAAUAAAAAAAAGAAGAAAUAAAAAUAUGGGGUUUCAUACCUACUCUAAUUCGACUUAUGUACAGAAUAUGCUGAUCUGGCAGUUUCAAUUAUGGAAAUUAAUUCAGACCUGUAACGCAUCGCAAU